UCUUGACAGCUGUGUGUGAAGUGCGGAAUGGAUAUCUGAGAGACAUACAUCUUCAUUGUUCACGAGUGGGAAUAAUAGGCUAAUAGCAACUAUCGCUAUUAUCAGAUAGCGGUGAGAGAAAAGAAGACGAAUCUCAAUUGUUUUCCCACUUGCACGCUAAAGAAGAGGACUCGUUUAUGAGUGAGACAGACUGAGAGCAGAUGAGAAGUCGUGCCACCGGAUGGUUUUUAUUAUUUGUUGUUUUUUGAUGCACGAACGGACUCUGAAAUGGGUCGCCAUGACGACAGAGCGCUGAGUUAGCUGCUAAUGCGUUAUACGCAUUUGUUUCUGUUAUUGUUUUAUUUUAUCAUUUCCCUACCUCCUUUAUAGUGAUAAAAUAUGCUGUAACCUCGCCGUCAGAAGACACGGGUGUUGUCAGAUAAAAAGAAAGAAAAAAGGAGGAGGAGGUGUUAGGAGGUUUAUUCCCCCAUUCUUUUUUUCCGUUUCUUAAUUUUCUCUAUCCUCCUUCCUUUUUAUGUCUCCUUUCUUUUCUUUCUGUUUUUCUUUUAUUGUUUUGGGGUCGCCGACUGACGCGAAAUUGAUGUGCGAGAGCCUGCGACACAUUCAUGACGAAUUACCUCAGAAAAAAAUACCGAUGGCAUAAACACCGGCUUCACCACUGAAGUACGAAUAAUCACCGGGAAAGAACCGGAGACGCAUCGACUACAUCCCUUUCAUCGCGGAAACUAAUGAGCAAAUCGCAAUAGAUGCACAUGUUGCACUAACAUCAGGAUGAAGUUAUUCGCCGCUCAGUGUCAGCAGGCCUCUUCUGUGCUCUGCUGAGGAUACGCACACCCUCACUUCCACAAAGCCCUUAACUUCGGCGUCACCAGGACAGCUUGAAACUCUUCUUCCUUGUCUGUUUCAUAUCCUCCCCCCUAUCGCUGGGGCGCUGCUCACCCCAGCCAAAGCAUGUCAUCAGUGGGCGUGGCACGAUCACGGCGGGAGACGUCCAUCUCCUGCCCGCGCCGUAUAUCUGAAACUUGCCUGGUGUGGCUGCUGGGCUUGGCACUUCGCCUGGCACUGUCCUCCUGCCAGCGGGCAGACCUCACCGCCGCCAAGCACCCUAUGGUCACCACUGGCUAUGGGAAGCUUCGGGGCGUACGCAAGGAGCUGAACAAUGAGAUUCUGGGUCCGGUUGAGCAGUACUUGGGCGUCCCCUAUGCCACCCCACCAGUAGGUGAGAGGCGCUUCCAGCCCCCGGAGGCACCAGGCUCCUGGCAGGAGAUCCGUAACGCUACCCAGUUUGCACCAGUGUGCCCACAAAACAUCCACGGGGUGCUGCCAGAGAUCAUGCUUCCCGUAUGGUUCACAGACAACCUGGAUGCUGCCGCGGCUUAUGUACAGAACCAGAGCGAGGACUGCCUUUAUCUCAACGUCUACGUUCCCACAGAGGACGGUCCGCUCACAAAAAAACACGAUGAGUCUUCGAUGAACAGACCGAGGGACGAAGAUAUUAGAGAUCGUCGGAAGAAGCCUGUGAUGUUGUUUAUCCAUGGUGGUUCAUACAUGGAGGGAACAGGAAAUAUGUUUGAUGCAAGCAUUCUUGCAGCCUAUGGAAACGUAAUUGUCGUCACUAUGAACUACAGACUGGGCGUUCUGGGUUUUCUGAGCACUGGAAAUCAGUCUGCAAAGGGGAAUUAUGGGCUACUGGACCAGAUUCAGGCUCUGCGAUGGCUCAAUGAGAACAUCGGACACUUCGGAGGAGACCCAGAGAGAAUCACCAUAUUUGGCUCUGGGGCUGGAGCCUCUUGCGUCAACCUUCUCAUCCUGUCCCAUCAUUCUGAAGGUUUGUUCCAGAGGGCCAUUGCUCAGAGUGGCUCCGCCAUAUCCAGCUGGUCAGUCAACUACCGGCCUCUGAUGUACACCAAGAUCCUGGCCAAGAAGGUGGGCUGCAGCUACAGCGACACUGCAGAUCUGGUGGACUGUCUGCGAAGGAAGAGCUUCAGGGAGCUGGUGGAUCAGGAUAUCCAACCUGCCCGCUACCACAUCGCAUUCGGACCGGUGGUGGACGGAGAUGUGGUACCCGAUGACCCUGAGAUCCUCAUGCAGCAGGGGGAGUUCCUGAACUACGACAUCUUGUUGGGGGUGAACCAGGGUGAAGGGCUGAAAUUUGUAGAUGACAGUGAAGGUGAGGAUGGUAUUUCAGCCGCUUCCUUCGACUACACCAUAUCAAAUUUUGUGGACAACCUCUAUGGAUACCCAGAUGGUAAAGACAUACUGCGGGAGACUAUAAAGUUCAUGUACACAGAUUGGGCUGACCGCGACAACGGGGACAUGCGGCGUAAAACUCUACUUGCACUUUUUACCGACCACCAGUGGGUGGCGCCAGCAGUGGCUACAGCUAAGCUGCAUGCUGAGUUCCAGUCCCCUGUUUAUUUUUAUACCUUCCACCACCACUGCCAGACGGAGGCACGACCUGAGUGGGCAGACGCAGCACAUGGCGACGAGAUCCCGUAUGUGUUCGGUGUACCCAUGGUGGGAGCCACAGAUCUAUUUCCCUGCAACUUUUCCAAGAAUGAUGUCAUGCUCAGCGCUGUGGUGAUGACAUACUGGACCAACUUCGCCAAGACAGGUGAUCCGAACAUUCCAGUACCGCAGGAUACCAAGUUCAUCCAUACUAAGCCCAAUCGCUUCGAGGAAGUUAUAUGGACCAAAUUCAGCUCUAAAGACAAGCAGUACCUCCACAUCGGGUUGAAGCCUCGCAUCCGGGAUAAUUACCGUGCCAACAAAGUUGCCUUCUGGCUUGAGCUGGUUCCUCACCUCCACACCCUUCAUGUGGAGAUCAUCAGCUCCAUAACCACGCGACUGCCCCCUGGCAGCCCGCACCGGCCCGGCUGGAAGGGAACAGCCCAGAGCCCUGGCACACGCUCUACUCGCCACCCCACGGUCUCAACCUACCCACCCGACCCGGACCUCGAAGGUUCUGAACACCCUCCUGAACGCUUCCCAUUCCCGAGUGACACAAGGGACUAUUCGACGGAGCUGAGCGUGACAGUAGCAGUGGGCGCGUCGCUGCUCUUCCUCAACGUGCUGGCAUUUGCUGCGUUGUACUAUAAACGCGACAAACGGAUCGAGCUGCUGCAACGCCGCCAUCGACGCCUCUCGCCUCAACGUGGGGCGGGGCCGGGCCUUGGCAUUGUGGGGGCUCCGCCCCAUAACGACCUGGCAUUGAGCCAGGAGGAGGAGCUAAUGUCCUUGCAGAUGAAGCAGCAGAGGGUAGAGCUCGACCACGGCACGCCUCUACCACCACGUGGUCUACAUGGCGACUUGGAACCUCUAAGACCACCCGUGUGCCCGCCGGACUACACUCUGGCACUACGGCGGGCACCUGAGGACGUGCCACUUAUGACGGCUAACGCGCUUUCCAUGAUCCCCAGCACCAUCACUGGCAUGCAACCCCUCCAUGCCUUCAACACUUACCCCCCUACACCUGCACCGAGUGCUGGGCAUAGCAACAAUGCCCUGCCCCACCAGCACUCCACCACACGAGUAUAGUAACCCCUCUGAGGGGACCGGGGCCCCCAAACGCAUAGGAACACAGACCUCCGGUACUAAGAGUGGUGCGCUACACGGAUACUGUCCAACACACCGCUCCUGUCCUUUUUAAGUCCACUCCCAGCACACUCUCUUUCUCUCUCUUUCUUUCUUGUUUUACUCUUCCUGCUCCUCUCGUUCUUGGGGAAGAUUUUGGGUGGAGAAAUGUUGGCCAUUUUCCCUACUCAAUACAGCAGCUAUCCCCUACCAUUUUAUUUUUUCUCCUGUUUUUUCCCCCUCAAGUUUCAUUGCCACCUUUCCCUUAUUUUUCUUUUCUUCUCCCUGAGUCUUUUGCUCUGCUGUAGCCGUUUCUAGUCCCCAAAAAAGAACAGUUUUUCCUACUUCUGACUGUUUUAUAAAUCAAGAAAACAUACGUGUAAAAAAUGUAUUAUUGAUAACCUUAUAAGGCUAUGAAUGAAAAAAAGAUUCUACUAUCUAAUUUUUACCAGCAUUCUUGUGCCAAGUACUGUGAUCAUCGUCCAAUCAGAUGCAGUCUAGUGGACGGACAUGGAGAGAAUCACCUGAACUGGAUUUAUUCAAGGAAUUUGCAGAAUUGAGAAAAAAAGUGCCAAAUUAGUUUUUCUUU